CGCCCCUGUCGUCUCUGUUGGCUCGCCGUUUCCCCAAAUCGCGCACCCACUCAAAAACCCUCGCGGCGCUGCGCUCCCACCUGCAACCUCACACCCCCAUCUCCGGCGGCGGCGGCGGCCGGCGCUCGAGCGAGCGAGAUGGACCGUCCGGCGGCCGGCGCUUCGUACCAGCGCUUCCCCCGCGUGAGGAUCCGCGAGCUCAAGGACGACUACGCCAAGUUCGAGCUCCGCGACACCGACGCCAGCAUGGCCAACGCCCUCCGCCGCGUCAUGAUCGCCGAGGUCCCCACCGUCGCCAUCGACCUCGUCGAGAUCGAGGCCAACUCCUCCGUCCUCAACGACGAGUUCAUCGCGCACCGCCUCGGACUCAUCCCGCUCACCUCCGCCGCUGCCAUGGGCAUGCGAUUCUCCCGCGACUGCGACGCCUGCGACGGAGACGGCUCCUGCGAGUACUGCUCCGUCGAGUUCCACCUCGCCGCGCGCGCCACCGACUCCGACCAGACGCUCGAGGUCACAUCCAACGACCUGCGAUCCACCGACCCCAAGGUCUGCCCCGUCGACCAGGCGCGCGCGUACCAGCAGGCCCUCGGCGCCACCGACCCCUACGACACCUCCACCGCAGCAGACCAGAGGGGCAUUCUUAUUGUUAAGCUGCGUCGCGGGCAAGAACUGAGGCUUCGUGCCAUUGCUAGAAAAGGAAUUGGCAAGGACCAUGCCAAAUGGUCACCAGCUGCUACUGUGACUUUCAUGUAUGAGCCUGAUAUACGUAUUAAUGAAGAACUCAUGGAGACAUUGACACUUGAUGAAAAAAGAAGCUGGGUCGAAAGCAGCCCUACAAAAGUAUUUGACAUUGAUCCUAAUACCCACCAGGUGGUGGUGGUUGAUGCUGAGGCAUAUACAUAUGACGAUGAGGUGAUCAAGAAGGCAGAUGCCAUGGGAAAGCCAGGCUUAAUUGAGAUCAAUGCUAAGGAGGACAGCUUUGUCUUCACUGUAGAAACAACAGGUGCCAUCACAGCUUACGAGCUGAUUAUGAAUGCUAUCACAGUCUUGAGGCAGAAGUUGGAUGCUGUUCGCCUUCAAGAUGACGAUGGUGAUCUUGGUGAACUCGGUGCCCACCUUGUCGGAGGUUAAGAGCGUACUGCGGAGGAUCGUCAUUUGUACUUUCUCCCCUUUGUAGGCUCAUCUAACUACCAUGUUAGUCGGACAGCCUGUUGGAGCUUCAGAUGGAUUUCCCAAAUAUCCAGUACCAAAUUCUAAUUGCUGUGUUCUUGUUUAUGCUGUGACCUCUGUACUGGAGCUUUUCAGCAUGGAUCUGGCUACGUUUAAUUAUGCGCCAUCUGAGAGGCGGACACAUUAA